AUGGAAGUCACAGAAGACAUCUUUCGUGGGUAUACCGCAGCCCAGGGCCAGAAUUACUCGUCGGUACGCCCUGGGUAUUCUCCAGAGCUCUUCAAAAUCAUCAUUGAUCAUCACACUUCUACCGGCGGCCAACUCCACACCGUUGUUGACGUCGGCUGCGGCCCUGGCCAGGCUAUCAAGGACUUGGCUCCCUUCUUCGAAAAUGCCAUCGGCCUGGAUCCGUCGGAGGGCAUGAUUGACACCGCACGCGCUUCUGCCAAGUCUGCGAACCUGCCUAUACGCUUUGAGGUAUCGACUGCCGAAACCCUGGGAAUUGACUUGGAGCCGCCCAUCUCUGAUGGCAGCGUUGACAUGGUCACCGCCGCUACGGCGGCCCACUGGUUCGAUAUGGCGGGUUUCUGGAAAGCAGCAUCGCGCAUUCUCAAGCCUGGCGGCACCGUUGCGAUUUGGGCACGGUCUGGAGCGGCGAUCAACGCUACAAAGACGCCGAACGGGGUCGCAAUCAAGGCCCUCGUAGAAGAGUUCUACAUUGGGCUACGCCCAUGGGCAAGGGUAGGCAACUUGUUGGCUCGCGAUCUCUACAUUGGCCUACCACUGCCUUGGACGCUUGAAGUUCCGGUAGUAGAGUUCGAUAAAGAGAGCUUCGUUCGCAAAGAGUGGAACAAGGAUAAGACAGGCAUAGAAAACGACAUCAUUCGCACAGGAGGCCCAGUCACACCCGAGCAGUUUGAGAAGCUCAUGGGUACUUCUAGUCCGGUCAGUCGAUGGAGGGAAGCUCACCCAGACAAGGUCGGGACAGAGGAAGACAUAGUAAGGCAGCUGAGAAGGCGGAUAGAAAGCCUUUUGCACGAAGCUGGUAUCAAGCCUGGCGAAGAAACACUAACUGGCGAAGUCGCAAUGGUCUUGCUGCUGGUAAAGAAGAAGCUAUAG